AUGCGGGAUGGGGACAAAAACACAGCAUAUUUUCAUCGGAAAGCGAGUCGACGGAGGAAAAUGAACCGCAUUUAUGGAUUGCUCAAUAAUGAUGGGGUUUGGAGAGAAGAUGAAGAGCAGAUUUGCAAUAUUGUUGCGGAGUAUUUUUCAAACCUUUUUUCUUCUGAUAAUCCGACCGAAUUCGAUGAAGCUACUGCUGGGUUGAGCACGGUGGUGAGAGAUGCUAUGAAUGCUGUGUUAGAGGAGGAGCCGACUUCUGUGGAGAUAAAAAAAAUGCCUUGUUCCAAAUGCACCCUAAUAAAGCACUGGGUACGGAUGCGUGCUUUUGUUCCGGGGCGAUUAAUAACAGAUAAUGCCUUGAUUGCUUUUGAGAUUUUUCAUUCGAUAAAAAGGAAAGGUGAAGGUAGAAACGGGACAAUUGCGCUAAAAUUAGACAUGAGUAAGGCCUAUGAUAGAGUUGAAUGGUGUUUUUUGGAAAAGGUGAUGAUCAAGAUGGGUUUUUGUGCUAAUUGGAUUCGCCGUGUUAUGGAUUUUAUUUCUUGUGUUUCAUUCUCUUUUAAAGUGAAUGGUGAUAUUUAUGGGUCGGUUACUCCAUCUAGGGGUCUCCGGCAGGGUGAUCCUAUUUCUCCCUACUUAUUUCUUUUAUGUGCAGAUGCUUUCUCUACUCUGAUUUCAAAAGUUGUAUAUGAGAGAAAGCUUAGUGGGGCGAACAUUUGUCAGUCAGGUCCAAGGAUCUCACAUCUCUUCUUUGUUGAUGAUAGUAUUUUGUUUGCAAAAGCUACUCUGCAGGAUUGCUCGAAAAUUGCUAAAAUUAUCAGUACGUAUGAAAGAGCAUCUGGUCAGAAAGUUAAUUUGGGGAAGACAGAGGUUGCUUUUAGUAAAUGUGUUGCUAGUGAUCGGAGGAAUGGCAUUACUAACACUCUUGGUGUUCGUGAAGUAGAGAGACAUGAGAAGUAUCUAGGAUUGCCUACUAUGAUCGGAAGGUCUAAGAAAGCCAUUUUCACCUGCUUGAAAGAGAGGAUAUGGAAGAAGUUGAAUGGAUGGAAAGAGAGGCUUCUAUCGAAACGGGGAAAGGAAGUUCUAAUUAAAUCACUAGUGGAAAAAUAG